CGUACAGCGGCCAGCAGAUCGGGUUGAGGAAGUGAAGACUUUCGUUUCCCUCGAGGAACUUAUUUAUAAACUGCACCUUUUACAUCAGAAAGGGGAACUAACCGCUGCAGAAACCAAAAGUUACCCCGGGACAGAGGUUGUCUGUUGGGUUUCUGUCACUCCGGUGGACAAAACUUUCAUUUCGGUGCCCGCGAGGAGCCCAGCGCGAGGAACACGAUGGAGGCAUCUGAUGAAGAGUUGGUCGGGGUUGCUGAUGAGCUCGUAGAACCUCCCAAUGGUGUCAUAAACGAACUGCUGAAUGUGGGGCAGGAAGACAACAUGAAGGGCGAGGUGGAGGAGUUUCUGGGCCCGCAGGCAGAGUACAACGAGGAGGAGGAGGAGAGGAAGUACUACAGGAGGAAGAGGCUGGGAGUCAUCAAGAAUGUUCUUGCAGCCAGUGUGGGAGCCAUGAUUGUGUAUAGCGUGUACAUGGGCCUACUGCAGAUGCAGCUGAUCCUCCAUUAUGACAUGACCUACCGCGAGGUGAAGUACAGCAACCUUGGCCUGGAGGACAUCGAUCGCAAGAUGCUGAUGGGCAUUAACGUCACGCCCAUUAUAGGCUUGCUGUACACCCCCGUUCUUAUCAGGUUUUUAGGUACUAAGUGGAUGAUGUUCCUGGCUUCGGGAAUCUAUGCACUCUUUGUCUCAACCAAUUACUGGGAGCGUUACUACACCCUGGUUCCAUCAGCCGUAGCCAUCGGCGUGGCCAUUGUGCCUUUCUGGGCCUCCUUGGGAAAUUACAUCACAAGGAUGGCGCAGCAGUAUUAUGAGUACGUCAACUACAAGGAAGAGCAUGUGCAGGAGCAGAAGAAGCUCCCUAAGGGAGCGUGCCACAGAUACAUCAUCAUCUUCCAGUCAGUCUUCAACAUCAUCUUCCAUCUGAGUUUUGUCUUUGCACAGUUCCCCAUGCUCUUCGUCCUCAACCACUACCUGAAUGACAACGAGCACAUUCUCUUCAACGUCAAAAGCUGUGGAGCAAACAUCAGUGGAGUGAUCCCCGGCUUCAACACCACCGUGCUUACAAACCUGCCGCGCUCCAUGCUGCUCAUCCAGCUGGAGAGUGUCCUUAUGGGCUUCGCCUUCCUCGCCAUGAUCAUCUUCCUCGUGCUGUGUGGUGCUGCCUACCGGCCGACAGAGGAGAUCGACCUCCGCAGUAUCGGCUGGGGAAACAUCUUCCAGCUGCCCUUCAAACACCUGAGAGACUACCGCCUGCGACUGCUCUGCCCCUUCUUCAUCUACAGCGGAUUUGAAGUGCUGUUUGCCGUCAGCGGAUUCUCCCUGUCCUAUGGCGUCUGCAUUUUGGGCCUGGAUAAACUAUGGCUCCUUAUACUGGUCUACGGCCUCUCCUGCUCCGUCUUUUCUUCCCUCUGCCUUGGCCUCCUGCGCCUCCCACGCUGGGUGUGUCUGAUGGGGGGCGCUGCUGUGCAUGCCGUGCUGCUGGUGGCUCUCCUUUGCUUUUCACUGUGUCCACAUCCAGACAAAAGUUCACAGUAUCUGAGCCCUCUGCUGGUGAUCAUAGCGCUGUGGGGACUCGGCACCGCCCUGAACAAGACUGGCGUUAGCAUUCUGCUCGGUAUGCUGUACGCUGAGGAAAAAGAACGUCUGGACUUUGUGUAUACCAUCUAUCACUGGUGGCAGGCCAUCGCCAUCUUCAUAGUCUACCUCUGGUCCAACCUGCCUAUGAGGGCCAAACUCUCCAUCCUGUUGGCCACUUUAUUGCUGGCCUGCUAUUGUUAUUGGGUGAUGGAGCGUCGGCUGGCCAGUAAAGUGCCUUUCAGACUGCCUCGCAUCCCUCGGCCACGGCACAAGGUCAAAGGCUACCGCUACCUGGAAGAGGACAACUCCGAUGAGUCAGACACUGAGAGCGAGGAGGAUGACGAAGAGGAUGGAGAGCAGGUGGCGGAGGAGAGGGGAGCCGAGGGCGGGGAGGAGGGAGGCCAUGACGCAGAGGUCCAGGGAGCUGACUCACCCGGAGCCAGGAGGAGAGGGGCCGAGGGUCAGCGCCCGUAGACAGGACCGCGCUCAUGUGACGGAGGGAUGAGGGAAGAGCGUGCGAGAGGAGAAAAAAGAAGGAGGGAUGAGGGAAGAGAGUGAGGUAGGGUGAGAGGGGAGGAAAAAGAAGCAGGGAUGAGGGGAGAUUCUGGAGAGAGGGAAGGGAAAUGGAGAUGUGCUGGUUGCUGUUGUGCUCAUGACUUCAUUCAUUCUUCAUUCUGUUUUUUUCAGUUCAAUUAAUUCCCAAAAGGCAAGUACAAUCAUAAGACAUAAUGCAGGCAUGUGAAAUGCUACACCCUUGUAAGCUAUUGGAAGCUUGUGUAUAGGGGCCCAGACACUAGCAAAUAAUACACAUUAUUAAUAUAAUCAAAUGGUUUGGACAAUAAUAUUUACAGCCUACAGGAAAAAAGAAAAGAAAAACCUAACUACCCUUACCCUGCCUAAGUAGUCCCAAGAUAUUUAUUCCAUCACUCUAAGCAUUGGUGAGUGAAAUAGAUAAGAUGCAAUAAACAACCUAACCCCUAACAAGUAAGAAUAACAGUAGAAAUAAAAUAAAACGGGAACCUGGGUAGUCAGUUGGUAGAGCGCUCUCUCCUCUUUCAUGUCAAAAAAACAGGUCUAAAAUUCCCCAAAAAUAAUCUUCAAAAAAAAUAAAAUAAAAGGAUUUCAGAGUACCUGGUUUAGAAGUCUGUCGUUAAGAGUAUUCAAGUGUUAACAUAUUUUAGUAGUAGUAGUAGUAGUAGUAGUAGUAGUAGUAGUAGUAGUAGUAGUAGUAGUAGUAGUACACUAAACAAAAGCAUUUUUUCUGGCAUAAGCUUUAAUUAAAAAUAUCUAAUGACCUUUUCAACUAUAUCCAUUCACAACAGUGAUCCAGGAGAAAGGGCACAGGUACUGUAAAUAGUACAUUGCUAUUUAACAAUAGGAAUGGCAAUCUUAAAAGGUAGCACACACCGGGUACAAUGGGAGUGAAUGACAGAAUACAACAAAAAUCAUUUUGUUGCUUUUUGCUGGAGCUUCUGGCUCAUACUUACCAAUGUGACAAUAAUUAUAGAGGGCAUAGCGGCUGCUUUUGUGCUUCAUUAAGUAGAAAACAUAUUUUGUAAGCUAGUUUCAUUUUAAAAAGAGCACUUAUUUGAAAAAAGAAUGAACAGAAAGUGACAGAAAAGGGAAUGAGGAAUUGAUUUUCUGAGUUUAUCCUCAGGGUGAAGUGUGUGUGGAUGGAGUCAUUUUUAGAGAGCCUGGUCCUGCUGGAUGUAAACAGCAAAAGCAGCAGCUAUAUUUGUUCUUCCGUCUUUGUUUCCUUUCAACCCCUUAAUUUAUGCACAUUUGUUAGAGAAAACCUCCAAACUCAAGCUAUUAUCAGAAGCUCAGAGGGAUGUCUGUUGCCUGAAGUUGCCUGAAGUAUUUUUUGGGAGGAGUUAAGCAUGCUUUAUGCAGAAGUCGAAAAUGAAUGUAUUUUUAUGCUUCAGUAUAGUUCAAUAUACAACAUGUAGGGGGGCGGUCAGUCAUGAAUGGAUGCAUUUUUGUUAUAUGGUGGCCUCAGGAAUAUUAUACAGUGGCGCUCACAAGUUUAUGAACCCAUGCUAAAGUUGACUAAAAAGAGGAAUAAAAAAACUGAAAUUGAGCUUAAUGCCUUAAUUAAAAAAAUGAGGAAAAAUCCAA